CCCUUCGAGAUGGUCGCGGGCGACGAGCGCUUCCUGGCUGAGGCCCGGCUCCUGGACCUGUCCGCGCUGGACGCCUGCCACCACCAGGUCGUGGCCCGGCUCCGCUCAUCCUGCGCCGACAUGACCGAGGAGGAGGUGGCCAAGCUGGGGGUGUCGCUCUUCAACUGCCAGGCCGGCGCCGAGGGGCGCCGCACCUACCCCUGCACCGCCGGCAUGAGCCUCGCGGCGUGCACGUCCGACAUGGACCCUGACACCUGGAACGCCUACCACAUCGUCAGCAACCGGGCCCGCGCCGUCUGCUACGCCACCCGCCAGCUGCAGUUCAGGAGCCGGACAGAGCAGACGGUCAACGCGCUGGUCUCCACAGCCGCCGGGCAGCUGGAGGCCAUGAGGUUGCUCAAGGACGGGCAGGAGGAGCUGAAGGAUCUGACGGAGGAGUCCCUGCAGCGGGUGGUCCGUGGCCAGCACGAGCUGCUGGCGGAGCAGGAGAGGCUGCAGGGCAGCCAGGAGCAGAUGGCAUCCUCCCUCCGCGGCAACCUGGAGCAGCUAGCCCAGGAGGAAGCCCUGAUCGCUAGUGGGCAGCAGCAGGUGGCUCAGCUCAUCGAGGGCAUCGCCAGGAAGAUGGAGAACAUGAGCAUCCACCUGGGCGAGCAGGACGUGGAGCUGCAGGAGGGGCACCGGGCCGUCCUGGCCGACCUCGGCCGCGUGCAGAGCCGCACCCAGCAGGUCUACGCCAAAAUCGAGUCCGACCUGGCGCUGAUCCAGUCCUACCAGAGCCAGACAGGCCUGUACUAUGAGGAGCUGAUGGGCAAGCUGCAGCGGGUGAACCGGAGCCUGGGGCAGGUGCUGGGCGCCAUGGAGCACUUGCAGAACAGCGUGGAGAGCCGGCUGCAGCACAUCCAGAGCGUCCUCGCCUGGGCAGGGAUGAGCCUGGGGGCCAUCUCCACCUGCACGCUGCACGCCGCCUACUUCCUGCUGGCCGCCCUGCUCAUGGCCUUCCUGCAGACGCCAGGACUGCCCCGUGCCGCCCUCCUGGUGCUGGUGGCGGCCAACGCACUCUCCGAGCUGCAGCGCGCUACCUCCCUGGGCUUCCCGGCACUCACUGCCCUCCUGGUGCUUGUCAUCACGGGGCACUGGCUGCUGACCAGCGUGUGCCGUGGGGCCUGGAGGGUGCAGGGCCAGAAGCCCAGGCUCACCCUGCUGCCCCCUCCCCAGAGAGCCGUGGGGGCCAGGGACGAGCCCAGCAGCCGUAGGACCUCCACCCCAGACAGGGAGUGGGAGACCAGCCUCCUGAAAGAGGAGCUGCGCCAGCUGGAGGACACGAGCUACCUGCCAGACGGUCCCUACCUGGAGCCGGACUCCCUGAGGCCGUCCCCGUCCUCUGCAGCCCCGGGGCCCAGGCUGGGCCAUGCCACGAGCCUGCGUCGCAUCAGCCUUGCCCGCAGCGCCUGGCACGAGGUGCUGGAGAGGCGGGCCACACCGGACAAGUGCCAUCCAGGCCCAGGCCUCGGCCCUGCCUCUCUGCUACGGUGCUACAGCCCCAACCAGACCUUGGCCAGUGACGCGUCCACCUCCUUGCUGUCUCUGCGGAGCCUGUGCCAGGGUGUCACCAAGGCCGGGCAGCCGUGCAGGAAGAAGGCUGUCCUGGGGCAGGACUUCUGCCACGUCCACGCCUACGGGCACGUGUCCCACGCCAGCUGAGCUGCAGCCUCCCGACUCGCUGCCCCGAGACCCAGGGUGCCAGAUCACCGUGACCUAUAGAAACUUUUUUUUUUUUUUAAACGCUGCCUCUGGUUUUAAUGUGCAUGCUUGCAGGCACAGACAAGGGCUCGAGCGUGACUCGGGCGCAUGCCCCAGGUUCCUUUGGGCUCCCUGUUUUUGAGGAAGGUUCUUUUAAAAUUUUUCCUGGCCUGAACGUUGCAGCCGCGAGCCGUGGGCCAGGCUCAAAACUGGGGCUGGUAUGUUUUUGCACUGAUUUGGGAGAAGCUGUUCUCUUCCUGCCCAUCCCCGGGUGCCGGCCGCGACACCGGGCCUGCAGGCUUGGGGCUUCAGCAUGCUGCCUCCGUCAGCUGGCAGUGCUGGUGUCAGGAUCGGUGCCUAGGAUAAGCUGCUGCCAGGCCCUGACGUUUUAGAGGGAAACCCGCUUUUUGCACAUGUUUAAUAA